CCACAGGCAAACAUCAACGUUCUGUCUCUUAUCAAGUAUUUGUACUUUGUCCAGAACAAGCUAACCACUUGCAAUCAGACAAUGCAUCGCUACAAACAUUUCGCCAUACGUGGCAUAUAUGGUCAUUGGGGUCAUCAAGGACAAGGCUAUCAAAUCAUGUCAAGUUCCCUUCGGGUGACACAGUCCCGAUCCGCCUCCCACGUGCCAUCCUCUUCAACCAUCCCAAGUUUUACCACCCUCGUCGAAAUGCAACAAAGUGUCGCUAGGACACAGGGUAAAAAGGACUUUUUGGGCUAUAAACCUUGCCCUAGCAGCAAAUACAAAUGGAUUACAUACCAGGCCUUCAAUGAUAUGGUUGGCAAGGCCAAAUUUGUGCUACGGGAAGCAGGAAUUGGUCCUGGGGACAAGGUGGCAGCUCUAAGCGGCAACCGUGUGGAAUGGGCCGUUGGGUGCAUGGCGUCACUCAGCCUGGGCGCGACGUGGGUGCCGAUGUAUGAGCAACAGCGACUAACGGAAUGCGAGUAUAUCCUGAGAGACUCGGGCGCUAAGCUCUUGCUGGUAGGAAGCAGGGAGGCUUACGAUAAGACCCGGCAUUUCCUUACGCGCCCUUCUAGGAAUCCUGCUUUCGCGCAAGGCGACGCGCUUUCCGUUAUAAAUAUGCAGGAAUCGAAGACUGUAUCAUCUCUAAAGGAUAUUUGGACCUUCGACGUAGAUGUUCCUGCUCGCAUGGCCCGCGUCACUGGGGUAAUGACUGCUGAGGCGGACGCCUGCUUUGCCUCUGCGGUCGUUCGGCCCGACGAUGUCGCUGUCCUAAUUUACACAUCUGGAACUACGGGGACGCCGAAGGGAGUGGAAUUGACUCACAGAAACCUUUGCACUAACAUCGAAGGAAUGUGGGAGGUAGUGCGACCUGAGGACAUGCCUAAUGCCCUCUCUUUGGCAUUUCUGCCGUGGGCGCACAGCAUUGGUAUGAACUGCGAGCUAUUCAACAUGAUGAGCCGCGGGGCCCGUGUUGCCCUCGCGCAAGAUAUGACGACCAUUGCGAGUGACAUCAAGGAAGUCCGUCCUAAUAUCCUGUUCGCAGUACCAACACUCUAUAAAAAGGUGUAUGAUCGCAUUCAAGAUAAAAUCACAUCGCAAGGGAAAUGGAGUCGGUGGCUGGUUGAUAAAGCGGUGGCAGUCGCGGAAAAAAGACUGGAGAUAUUGCGAGAAGGAAAACGAUUGAGUCUCGGACUACAGGCCCAAUAUGAGGUGCUCGACCAUAUCGUGCUCAGUAAACUUCGAGACACUUUAGGAGGACGUGUGCGAAUUUCGCCAGUGGGCGGGUCCAAGAUGAGUUUACCAGUCACGCGUUUCUUUGAAGCGGCACUAGGAAUAGCUAUCUUAGAGGGCUAUGGCUUAUCGGAGACCAGCCCACUCUUGAGCAUAAGCCGACCAGACAUCCAAAUUCGCCGCCUAGGGUCUGUCGGACAAGCAGUGAAGGGAGCGGAACUGGCCGUUGUGCGUGACGGGUUGCGUGUGCCAGAGGGUGAGGAAGGAGAGAUCUGGGCGUCCGGGCCCAUGGUCUUCAAAGGGUACUUGAAGAAAAAAGAAGAGACUGCGGCUGCAUUUGGGGAAAUGGACGGGAAAAAGUGGUUUCGUACCGGUGAUUUGGGAACGCUUGAACAAGGAUUUCUGACGAUUACCGGCCGUCUGAAAGAACUCUACAAGCUUGAAAAUGGCAAAUAUGUAUGUGCGCCUGUGGUUGAAAAAGCCCUUCUUGAGAGCGAAUACAUCUUCCAAGUGGUUCUGUAUGGAGCCGAUCUUCCUUUCAACACCGCGCUUAUUGUUCCCAAUUGGGAAAAGCUCACUGCUUGGUGUGUCAGCAAGAAGCUUCCCGGUUUAUCUGCCUCUUCUAGAAAAACAGAAAUUCGGACUCAUCCGGAAGUGCAGGCAUUCAUGCGAGAAAAUAUCGUGCUUGCCUGUAAAGACAAGAUGAAAAAGUAUGAAAUGCCUCAAAAAUGGCUUCUGCUCGAGGAGCCUUUUACUGUGGAGAAUGAGAUGCUGACCCCCAAAAUGAGUAUCAAGCGCCACGCGGUCAUCAAAGCAUACGGCUCUGCUUUAAAUGCCAUCUAUGACCAGGCGAACGUAGCCUCGUAUCCCAAGAGCCGUGCGAAAGAAACUCCAGACACACAACAGCCUUAUGAAGAUGCUCUAGCAGCUUGAUAUCCAUAUAAAAGCUUAAUAGAAGUGCUAUUCGGCCUUGAAAUACAAGAGUUAUGAAAGAAAAUGUGAGGUGUACGCUCAUGAAACACUGAUGCAAGUCGAAAUUGCCUGGCCGACACCAAAAGAUUGCCCCAAGACAAAAAGAAGUCACUUCUGCUGUAACCACAGGGAUUUAUAGCACCAAAAAAAAUCGUGAUACACGCUGAAGGCAAUCAAUGAUGGCGUCUGUCAACCGUUUUACGUGGUAGCACACAGUCGGAAUAGUUGGCAUGCGGAAAUGGAACGCGCGAGCAAAGCGCAAAGACAACUACUUCAAAGACAAGCAACUUUCAGUACAUGGAGACAUUCAUGGUAUAUUUGAGCCGUGUAAGCAAACAUCGAAUUAUUGAAACAAGAGGAGGCGAUCUACUGAACGAGGAGAAAGAAUAAGCUGUACGUAUUUAAAUCA